AUGGCGGGUGGUGUUCACGGGAUUAUUGUAAUCAUCGGAUUAUUUUUUUAUUCGAUACAAGAAGCGAGGGAAUUACAAGGCACGAGAAUCCAGUAUUUCAGUACGGAACACCCACGAAUAUUGUACUACGACCGCAAUAUUGUCGAAUAUGCAAACUUAACAUCCCGACGUCUCAGCAGGAAGGAUCCUUUUUAUUAUGUUGAUUUUAAAACAUGCCUACUUACUGCGCUUGGUAAUAAUAUUACUGUACACUUUUAUUUCUUCGAGUUCCUCACCAAUGUAUAUAAACGGGGUUUCAUCGAAAUGCACUUUCCUUUGUGCGACUUCAUUAACAAGGACAGUUUCUUCGGUGCUGCUCUGGGAGGACAAGUGAACUCAUCAGUAUUAUCACAGUGUCCUUUUCCAAAGGUUACUAUAUAA